UUAGACGUUAAACGUUAGAACUAAGUAAAAUGAAUCGAUUAAUCUCGAUGCAAAGUACUGACAAUGUACUAAAAUUUCGAUUAGCCGUUCAUAUACUAACACUUACGCACUCUAUUAUCGUGACGUUGAAGUUAUUAAACAUUGAUUUUGAUUCAUCAGAUGACCCCGCAGUGCGCCAAUAUUCGAAAUUAAAAUGGAAACUAAUAACAGCUUGGUUUAAUUUCCUAGGUACGGGAUAUUUAAUCAUAAGCAUCUACUGUGACUGGGAGGCACUAAAAGGACACAAAAAAUCUAAAUAUGUUCAAAUGUUAAACAAAAUCAAUUCAUUUACGUUUACAAGCAUUAUUUUCCCGACAACAGCCUUUGGAGAUAUACUUUUCUGGCGGAUCUGGAAUGAUAAUCGGGAACUCAUCAUGCCUCUAUCAGCACAAAAUUACAUCACUGUGUGGGACCAACAUAGUAUGCACACAGUUUCUCUUAUUUUCGUCCUAUAUGAACUUAUUUUAGUUCAUAGAGAGAGACCAAAAAGCUAUAAAUCAGAAAUAAUCGCAAUGUUUACUUUCCUCAACGUAUAUUGCUUAGUGUGCAUCAUUAGUUUGCUAAACGGAGAAUACGUUUAUCCUUGUCUAAAGAUUUUUUCAUAUGGCAAACUAUUCGUGUUAUUGAUUUACACAUAUAUAUCUUAUUUAUUCUAUUACACCAGCCAGUGGCUGAUUGUUGAUUUGAUCAAUGGAGACAACAUUUUUAGUAGUGAUAAAAAAUGUAAUAAUAUAUUCAUGAGACUGAUGAAGGUGAAAUCUUAAAACCUAACAUCAAAGGAUAUUGUUAAAUUGUUUAGUAUUUA